AAACGAAGCUACGCGAUGUACAUAACAUGCAAUACGAAUCAUUCGCGCAGCUUCAUUUGAAUUCGCACAACACUUGAACACUGAACGGGAGCCUUCGGCCGCAGCUGAACGAGCUCUACCUCAAAGGAAUGAUGCCGUAUUGGAUCCAAUGAAUGUGGCCGACACACUUCCACCCCGUAGCACUGGCGAGGAUGAUCCGCCGGUAAUAUCUAUAAUAUCCCGGGGUCCACUCCAGCAUCUGGCGCUGCGGAGAACUGCCCCUGCUGUCGGAGAUACAAAACCAAUGACGCUGGAAUCUGUCGCCAAGGUCCAGGUCGUGGAGCAAAACAGGGUGUCAAUGGUCAGGUCGCCCUCCAUCUCAGCUGCCAAAGCUAUCCGUAAGGUAGCGGUAGUGGCUCCUAUGGGUGUGUGUGAGGGAGUGCGGAAGAAUCCUAACUGUUUGAAUCUGACUAAUAAGAUUGCAAACCAGAGCAUAGAUAUUCAUCAAAAGUACGCACGCCUACAGGUGCGUUUACCGCCUCUGGAGCCGUCUUGUAGUAAUAAGCCAACGGCGGUAGUGCUUCGGCUGGAUCAUUCUGCAGGUACUGCAACCGUCGAGCAGUUAGCCAUUGAGGCCGGCCACUACCGCCAUACAUCUCUCAUCCACGGGUGA